CAGCGAUGUUUUUCAAUUUUUUUUUGUCAGUUAACCGUUAGAAGUUGUAGAGCCACAGUAGCCUAGCUAGCCAACUGUCGAACGCAUUUUUGUUAAACAUUAAUUAGCUACAGGUCUUACUUAUAAUCAACAUGCGUGAGUGCAUCUCUAUCCACGUUGGUCAGGCCGGUGUGCAGAUCGGGAAUGCCUGCUGGGAACUGUACUGCUUGGAACAUGGGAUCCAGCCCGAUGGGCAGAUGCCCAGUGACAAAACCAUCGGCGGAGGGGAUGACUCCUUCAACACUUUCUUCAGCGAGACCGGAGCGGGAAAACAUGUCCCCCGUGCUGUGUUUGUCGACCUCGAACCAACUGUUGUUGAUGAGGUUCGCACCGGGACGUACCGUCAGUUGUUCCACCCGGAGCAGCUCAUCACUGGUAAAGAGGAUGCCGCCAACAACUAUGCACGUGGCCACUACACCAUUGGCAAGGAGAUCGUCGACCUGGUGCUGGACCGAGUUCGCAAACUGUCGGACCAGUGCACAGGGCUUCAGGGCUUCCUGAUCUUCCACAGCUUUGGUGGUGGAACCGGCUCAGGUUUUGCCUCUCUGCUCAUGGAGAGAUUGUCUGUGGACUAUGGCAAGAAGUCCAAACUGGAGUUUGCCAUAUACCCCGCCCCUCAGGUGUCUACAGCAGUGGUGGAGCCCUACAACUCUAUCCUGACCACCCACACCACCCUGGAACACUCAGACUGUGCCUUCAUGGUCGACAACGAGGCCAUCUACGACAUCUGCCGUCGUAACCUGGACAUCGAGCGCCCCACUUAUACUAACCUCAACAGGCUCAUUGGCCAGAUCGUCUCCUCCAUCACAGCCUCGCUGCGUUUCGAUGGAGCCCUCAACGUGGACCUGACUGAGUUCCAGACCAACCUGGUGCCAUACCCCCGUAUCCACUUCCCCCUGGUCACCUACGCACCCGUCAUCUCUGCUGAGAAGGCCUACCAUGAGAUGCUUUCUGUGGCAGAGAUCACCAACGCUUGCUUCGAGCCAGCCAACCAGAUGGUGAAGUGUGACCCUCGUCAUGGCAAGUACAUGGCCUGCUGCAUGCUGUAUCGUGGGGAUGUGGUGCCCAAGGAUGUCAAUGCUGCCAUCGCCACCAUCAAGACCAAACGCACUAUCCAGUUUGUUGACUGGUGCCCCACCGGCUUCAAGGUAGGCAUCAACUACCAGCCACCCACGGUGGUGCCAGGUGGAGAUCUUGCCAAGGUCCAGAGAGCCGUUUGCAUGUUGAGCAACACCACAGCGAUCGCUGAGGCCUGGGCUCGGCUUGACCACAAGUUUGAUCUGAUGUACGCCAAGCGUGCCUUUGUACACUGGUAUGUGGGAGAGGGUAUGGAGGAGGGGGAGUUCUCUGAGGCCAGAGAAGAUCUGGCUGCCCUGGAGAAGGACUAUGAGGAAGUGGGAGUGGAUUCGGUGGAGGGAGAGGCUGAGGAAGGAGAGGAGUACUGAAUCCUGACCUGGUUGAAAAAUGUUUUGCUGUUGGUUGGUAAUUUUAAUAAAAGUUCUGUUUUCAGUCCAUUCUGUGGAAUUUUCCCUACAUGAUUUGCGUGUAAGCAGGAAAAUAUACCUUGUUUUUUCAAAGUUAUUCAAUUAACCAUUUCUGCACAGAAUAUACAACUCACUAUGUCCAAUUGAUAGAACAAAUGGAGCUUACUGGGACAUUUGGCAGAGCACACAUAAGUAUCAGUUAAAAAUAUAUUGAUUAAAAGGAAAAUGGGUAAAUCAA